AUGCAUGAGAUCCUAGAAAAGAUCAAGAUAGGCAUAAAUGUGGUCAUAUUUCUUUUGAGGACUGAUCGUGGUAUGCAAGCCAGUGAGGUGUGUGGUGAAUGUUUAAUUUUGCUCAACAAUUUGAACUGUGGUAUUGAUGACCUUGAUGUGAUUGAGGUGAAAUUCAAUGCGUACUACGCAAUCUCUGGUUACACAAACGCAGCAAGAUUCACCAGCAGACUAAUUGGUAUGCUCCACAAUGCUGUAAUAUUAAUGAGAGAACUGAGAGAAAAAUAUCAAGAAAAGAGUAGGUUUGCAGAAGCCAAGAAACUCUUUGAAAGAGCAGUUGCUAUCAUGAAAACUUUCGUCUAUAAAAGAAAAGGGGCAGUGGCUAAUAAAUACCUUGGAGAUAAGUUUCGAUCACUCGGAGAAUAUCAGAAGGCUAAGGAAUAUUACGAAAGAGCACUUGCCAUCGCAACAGAAAUUGGCGAAACGAAAAGUGAAGGACGACUUUACGGGAACCUUGGAAGUGUGUUUCAAUCACUCGGUGAAUAUCAGAAGGCUAAAGAAUAUCACGAGAAAGCACUUGCCAUCGCAACAGAAAUUGGCGACAGAAAAGGAGAAGGAGCAUCUUACAGGAAACUCGGAACUGUUUUUGAAUCACUCGGUGAAUAUCAAAAGGCUAAAGAAUGUCACAAGAAAGCAAUUGCAAUCGCAGCAGAAAUUGGCGACAAAAACGGAGAAGGAACAUCUUACAGGUGCCUUGGAGCCGUGUUUCAAUCACUCGGUGAAUAUCAGAAGGCUAAAGAAUAUCACGAGAAAGCACUUGCCAUCUUAACAGAAAUUGGCGACAAAGACAAAGAAGGAGCAUGUUACGGGAACCUCGGAGGUGUGUUUCAAUCACUCGGUGAAUAUCAGAAGGCUGAAGAAUAUCACGAGAAAGCACUUGCCAUCGCAACAGAAAUUGGCGACAGAAAAGGAGAAGGAACAUCUUACGGGAACCUCGGAAGUGUGUUUCGAUCACUCGGUGAAUAUCAGAAGGCUAAAGAAUAUCACGAGAAAGCACUUGCCAUCGCAACAGAAAUUGGCGACAGAAAAGGAGAAGGAGCAUCUUACAGGAAACUCGGAACUGUUUUUGAAUCACUCGGUGAAUAUCAAAAGGCUAAAGAAUAUCACGAGAAAGCAAUUGCAAUCGCAGCAGAAAUUGGCGACAAAAAAGGAGAAGGAACAUCUUACAGGUGCCUUGGAGCCGUGUUCCAAUCACUCGGUGAAUAUCGGAAGGCUAAAGAAUAUCACGAGAAUGCACUUGCCAUCGCGGUAGAAAUUGGUGACAGGGAAGGAGAAGGAAGAGGCUAUAUAAAUCUUGGAGCUGUGUUUCUAUCACUUAGGAAAAAUAAGCAGGCUAAAGAGCAUUUCGACAAAGCGCUUUCCAUCAGCACAGAGAGCGGAAACAGGAAUUGUGAAGGAGAGUGCCACGCAGGCCUGGCACGUUUUUUUUAUUCGCUUCAUGAUUACCAGAAGGCUACAGAACACGAUGUCAAAGCCCUUGCCAUUAGCAAGAACAUUGGCGAUAGAAAAAGCCAAGGAAGAACGUACCUACACUUUGGUCAUGUGUCUCUAUCGCUCGGCAAUUAUAGCGAAUCAGAAAAAUUCUUCGAGAAAGCGCGCUUGAUCGGCAACAAAAUUGGAGACAUUAUGACUGACUUUGAAAGCCUCCUCGGAAUCACCUUGUUAAAGAUACCGCAAUCAGAGUUAGAGAAGGCAAUGCUGUAUCUUUCUCAAUGUACGAAAAAAUAUGAAGAGAUGCGAAGUCUCCUCGCAGGAAACGAUGACCUAAAAACAUCUCUCUUAGAAGGGCGCGGUAAUUUUCCCUACAAGUUGUUCAGUCAGUUGCUUUGCGUCACUGGAAGACAUCGAGAUGCUCUCUAUGUGGAGGAGCUGAGACGAGCUAGAGGCCUUGCGGAAUUAAUGGGAGAUAAGCUCUCAGUUGAAAGCCACAUCUCAACUGAUUCAACAUCAUGGUUUGGGAUCGAAAAAAUUGUAAAUAAAGAAAACAGCUGUGAUGUUUUGUACAUUUCAUACUGUGAACGGCAUGUUCAUCUGUGGGUUUUGAAAGCAAACGGAGACAUUAAGUAUAGAGUGAGCCCCGAAAUGGAAAUCGACACUCUCAUCGCUGUAUCAGUUUGUGAAGUGGAGGAGAUUUUUAAAAGAAGUGCUUCCAGCUUUGGCGUUCGUAUGAAUGAGAAUUGUGAGGAUCGAUCUCUGGAUGACGACACUCCCAUGCCCCAUGAAGAGAGCCAAGCAACUGUGCGAGUUGACCAGACCAAAGCCAAAGCCCAAACCCAAAGAAUUCUCCAGUUGUGCUUUGAACAGAUCAUCACUCCUGUACAAGAUCUACUUACAGAGCCUGAAAUCAUCAUUGUGCCAGAGAGUUGCUCGUACCGAGUCCCUUUUGCUGCCUUACGAGACGAAACAGCUGGAAAGUAUUUAGCAGAGACUCACCGCAUCCGAAUCGUUCCUUCUUUGACAACUCUCGGGCUCAUUCAGGAAUGUCCAGCGGACUAUCACAGUCAGACUGGAGCACUAGUGGUGGGUGAUCCCAUGGCUGUCGAAGUGCAAUACAAAGGACGUACCUUACAGUUGAAACCAUUGCCUUGUGCAAGAAAGGAAGCAGAGAUGGUUGGUCGACUCCUGGGGGUUCAGCCUUUGUUAGGAGAGCACGCAACAAAGAAGGCGGUACUUCAAGCAAUUCAUUCAGUGAGUCUACUACACCUUGCUGCUCAUGGCAACGCUGAUAGAGGGGAGAUUGCCCUUUCCCCUAAUUGUGCCUUGAACAGUAUUCCAAAAGAAGAAGACUACCUUCUGAAAAUGUCUGACAUUGCGAAGGUUAGGUUGCGAGCUAAACUGGUAGUACUUAGCUGUUGCCACAGUGGGCGUGGAACGUUUAAAAAGGAAGGAGUCAUUGGAAUCGCUCGGGCUUUCUUAGCAUCCGGUGCUCGUUCAGUGUUGGUAGCAUCGUGGGCCAUACAAGACGAAGCAACAGAGGAGCUCAUGAAUCAUUUCUACGAACAUCUGGCUGCUGGAGAAAGUGCUAGUGAAUCCCUUCACCAGGCCAUCAAGUGGUUGAGGAGCAAAGGCUUCACCGAACCUUGUCAGUGGGCUCCGUUUGUGUUGAUGGGAGACAACGUGACAUUUGACUUAAAAAAAUUAAGGAAAGAAGAACUGACGGAUGAUGAGAACGACGCGGACAAGAGGCAGAGCAGUAACUGAUCCGAGACAAAGACUCCUCUUCCUGCACUGUGUCUGAAACUGGAAACUGGUGUUACUUUGACUCCUCUACCUGUGCUCUGGCCGAAACAGGAAACUGGUAUAAUUUGUACAGACAUUUUUAAUUUGGUUCCAGUAAACUAUUUACUUUUGAAUACUAUUCUUUUGAUUUCGCGAAUCACUCGCUAGAAUCAUAAGGUAGAUCAACAGAGGAACAAAAUGAUACGGACGAGGAUUAAAAACACUAAGGACAUGAGAUAAAUGUUUUAAGAUGCCAAUAUUGAGGCACUUAUUUUUCGAUAGCAGUUCCUUAAAUCUUUAUUCUUUGAGGUCCAUAGAUUUAAUUUGCGAUUCUCGCUUCUAACUACGAUGCAUUUUAUUGUAAAGUAUGAAAGACAGACAAUUUUGUAUAUGUUAAGAAAGCAAUCCAAGGCUAAAGGUUUGUCUUUUCUGGUCAUCUCUAAGCUAGAUGAAUUGUACUUACUAUGGAGAUCAUUUGAAAGUCAAUCUAGAGGAGACAAAAGGAUUACCUCUUAAGUGUUUUAGGUUUUAUUUUUAGAUAGAGGUCACUGUAAGACAAAAUUGAGAUGAUUCUCACUAAUAACUGUAGUUGAUGAGGAUCGAUUGUUAACAGUGGUCCGAUCACGACCUGAGUACGGAUUUUUUGACAGGUAGUUGAUAACAAGUCAUGAAAUGCCAAUCUUUAUCGUUAUCUAGAGGUUGUGCAGUGUUAAAAAUAUGAUUAAUUCCAUUUAUUUGCGAUCAAAUUCCUUGACGAGUAACAAAGGACGAACUAAUUUGCUCCGCUCCCAACAUGAGGGGGACGAAGGUUCGAACCACUUCGAAGCUUAAUGUUUUGCGGCUUUUUUGUCCGACUGCAAUUUCUACAACUGUAUUUCUUCGGUGGGAAUAAUUCCGUUAUUCCGCAUUAUCCUCAGGUCAAAAUAUCAUUGAUUUCACUUGUUUUGGAUCCAAUCACUGUUAACUCUCGACUUGUGGCAAUGCCUCCUAUUUUCUAGAGUUUGAAACAGAACUUAUGAUCAUAAAAGAAGAAUGAUGUCCAAUUUUGUGAAUUUUCAGAGAACAUGCAAAACAGCAAAAUGCUCAAAAAGAUGUUGAAUUUUAAAGACGUUUGAUUUGCUACUGAUUUUAUUGCCUCAAGAGAAUACUCUCUUGAUAUUCACGUAAAGAUAAAUACCACUAGACUACUGGUCAUAUAUACUUUUUUUUUUAGUAUUUUUUAAUUCCUCGGUAAUAAAAUUUGUUCUGUAAGCUGUGCUGUUGAUUCAAGUAUUGUUUUUCUAUGUAAGAUAUAAUUUGUGACAAUUGCUCGCGGAAGGCGAAGGGAAUGUUGGCUUACAAUACUCAGUAUGAUAUCAAGGGCACCAUUUGAAACUAAUCGCUGAGCCUUAAAAUAAUUUUUUUUUAGUUUGAUUUCUCAGGUGAUUGAAUGAGCGUCCAAAUUUGUUUAUUUAUCAAGAGAUAACAAAAAGUCGUGCGAAGGCCAAGUCAAAAUUUUAGUGCUUCAUUUUGUAGCACGCGAAACAGAUUAUUUACGAGUAGCUUACCGUCGAAAAGGGAUAUUGACUUUCAACUGCAACUUAACGUACAAACAAGUUUUCCUAUUAUUCAGAAAUAACAGGAAAACACUCUCCGAACUUGAGUCAACUUUUCAAAGAAGAUUUUCCUCGGGAGGCAUAUUCGGUCACGUGACGCAUUUAAUCCAGUUGCGCUCUUUCGUGAGUAUUGGAUAGAUUAUGUUGAAAUAUGACCCAAUCCUUGACUCUCUAGAGUGCGCCAAGCAAAACCAGCUGGAAUAACACAACAACCUCCGACCAGUAAUUUUGCCAAUUUAAUAAAACAUUAGGCUGCUUUUUGUAAUUCUGUACAUCUGCAGUAAUAGCUACUGGGGCAAGAUAAAAAUGGUACUUUUCGAUGGAUAGUCAUAUCAGAUGGUUUUCACGCAAAUUAGUACCACAGGGAGGGAAAAGGGGAAGGGAAGAGGUUACAACAGCCUCUUGUCUUUAUUCUUU